CAGAAGAAGACGAAGGUAUUUUUCUCUGUUGACAGCGGUAUCAGUGGGCAGCUGUGGGAUUGAUGAAGUCGUGAUUUAUUGGGGGAAUAUAUUAGAUGUGAUCAAACUAUUAUAAUAAUUAAAAACGUAAAACCGUAAAGUGGGAGAAAAUGCAGGAUGACGCGCGGUACCUCAAACGUAAAGUGACUGCAGGCAGUUUGGAUGUCCACCCCACAGAGAAGGCCCUGGUGGUCCACUAUGAGGUGGAAGCGUCCAUUCUGGGAGAAGACGGAGGUCCAAUGCUAGGGGAACGCAAGGAGGGACAGAAAAUUAUCCGUGUGAAAAGCCUCUCUCCCACUACAGAUGUGGCAGCUUUGGCCAGGAAAGUGGUGGAGGAGUGUAAGCUCAUCCCCAUCUCCCGUUUGCCCCAGGUGGAGCAGCUGCUCUACUACCUGCAGAACAGGAAAUCCUCCCCAGUGGAGGGGAAAGUGGAGAGGAAAGAGAAAAGAGCAGUGAAGCCCAAAGACCUGACACCGUUUGAAGGAAUGGAGUUAAACGAGGAAGCCACUAUAACCAGAAUAGAAGAGUAUGUUGAGCUGCUCUAUGAAGGCAUCCCAGAGAAGAUCAGAGGCUCUGCUCUGAUUUUGCAGCUUGCCCGCAACCCCGACAACCUGGAGGAGCUGUUACACAACGAAGCUGCUCUGGGGGCUCUGGCCCGAGUUCUGAGGGAGGACUGGAAGCAGAGUGUCGACUUGGCAACCAUCAUCAUUUACAUCUUCUUCUGCUUCUCCAGUUUCUCUCAGUUUCAUGCCGUGGUGAGUCACUAUAAAAUCGGGGCGUUGUGUAUGAGCGUGGUGGAACAUGAGCUGAAGAGGUACGACGUGUGGCGCGAGGAGCUGCGCAAGAAAAGCAAGGCUUGUGAGUCAGCACCAGAAAAUGGCUCUCUAAAAAGAGACCAGGACAAAGCUCUGAGGAAAUACCAAGGCCUUCUGGCUAAGCAGGAGCAGCUUCUCAGAGUAUCUCUCUACCUCCUGCUGAAUCUCGCUGAAGACACAAGGACGGAGCUGAAGAUGAGGAAUAAAAACAUCGUGGGGCUGCUGGUUCGAGUUCUCGAGCGCGACGACGAGGAGCUGUUGGUGCUGGUGGUUUCGUUUCUGAAAAAGCUGUCCAUCUUCCUGGAGAACAAGAAUGACAUGGCUGAGCUCGACACUGUGGAGCGCCUGGCGCGUCUGGUUCCCUGUGAGCACGAGGAUUUGCUAAACCUGACUCUCCGCUUGCUGCUCAACCUGUCUUUUGACUCGGGACUCAGAGCCAAGAUGGUGGAAGUCGGGCUCUUGCCUAAACUGACGUCGCUGUUGGGUGAUGAGAGCAAUCGGCAGGUGGUGAUGCGCAUCCUGUACCACGUCAGCAUGGACGACCGCUUCAAAGGCAUGUUUGUUUACACCGACUGCAUACCUCAGCUGAUGCAGAUGCUGUACGACCACGGCGGAGAGGAAAUAGAGGCGGAGCUCAUCUCCAUCUGCAUCAACUUGGCUGCCAACAAAAGGAACGCACAGCUCAUGUGCGAAGGAAACGGGCUGAAGAUGUUAAUGAAGAGAGCUCUGAAAACAAAAGACUGCCUUCUGAUGAAGAUGAUCAGAAACAUCUCCCAGCAUGACGGCCCAACCAAGCCGCUGUUCAUUGAUUACGUUGGCGACCUGGCAGCAGAGAUCCGUACCGAGGAAGAGGAGGAGUGGGUGCUGGAGUGUCUGGGCACGCUGGCCAACCUGACUAUCCCUGACCUCGACUGGGAGUUGGUGCUGAAGGAGUAUAACUUGGUGCCUUUUCUCAAGGACAAACUUAAACCAGGUUCGGCAGAGGACGACCUCAUCCUGGAGGUGGUCAUAAUGAUCGGAACGGUUUCCAUAGAUGACGCCUGCGCUGUCAUGUUGGCCAAAUCAGGCAUCAUCCCUGCCCUUAUUGAGCUGCUCAAUGCACGCCAGGAGGACGAUGAGUUUGUGUGUCAGAUCGUGUACGUCUUCUACCAGAUGGUGUUUCACCAAGCGACUCGAGACGUCAUCAUUAAAGACACUCAGGCUCCAGCUUACCUGAUUGAUCUGAUGCAUGACAAGAACGCAGAGAUUAGGAAAGUGUGUGACAACACUCUCGACAUCGUUGCUGAGUAUGACUUGGAGUGGGGGUAUAAGAUCCAAUCAGAGAAAUUUCGUUUCCACAACAACCAGUGGCUGGAGAUGGUUGAGAGUCGCCAGGUCGACGAGGCCGAACCGUACCUCUAUGAUAAUGACAACGACAGGACGGAUCUGUUCUACAGCGCAGAUGGAAUAACUCCAGGAGACGGCUCAGUUAGCCCAGAUUUCUUCGGCGACCUGCAGCCUCAGAAUGGAGACUCGCACCAUGGCGUAGACGUCGGUGAUGUCUUUGACCAGGCCGGCUCAUUGACAGGACGACCAGCCACGGCGUACGGCUUCAGACCGGAUGAACAGCCGUUCUAUCAGUACUCAUAAACUCACUCGUUCCUAACCGUCCUGCAUGUUCAUCUCUUCACUGCUUCAAUCCGUGUUGUCAUGACUGAACUUCUUGUAGCUUUUUAGAAACUGGCAUUAUCUACUGUUGGGUAAGGACUAAAACAUGAAGUCUAAUUGUGCUUUUUAUACGUUCACCUUUUUUUAUUAGCUUUUUUUAUUUAUAAAAAUAUCUUCCUUUGUCUGAUUGUCUCAGCAAAUAAUUAGCAGACAAUGAAAGGGCACAUUUUCAGGUUUGCAUGUUUUUAACUAUAUAGUGGUAUUUAUUGGUACUUGAAAGCUACUGAAAAUAGAGGGGGAAAAAAUCAGCCUCUUUGGAUUUAACGUCGAUUUGGCUCCUCUAACGCCCAAAAUCAAAGUUGUCUUAUAAACACUAACAUAUGCACAUAUUUGAUGGUAACUCUUAAAACCGCGUUCAGGAACGUUAGUUUUUUAAAAGUUCGUAAACAACAGAAACUGAAAACAAAAAUGAAACAAAAAGUGAAAAAAAAGAGUCAAAUUUCCCUGCUGCGCUGAUGCAGAAACUUAAAUUAUUUUUUUGUACUUUUAAAGUAAAAUAACUCAACUUCCCCUGACUCAUUUAUGUCACAUGCAGAUAUGUGUUACAUUUCACAAAAGUGAACGAAGGCUGUCACUUGAAAUUCCUGGGGGGGAAAAGUGAAAACGUAUCAUUUACAGACUAAUAUUCAACAGCUGCAAGAUGUAUUUGACACAGACGCUGUUUGAGUUGCAUAUCUAAGAAUUUCAGUGAAAUAUCAGCUGCAGUUAGAUGAAAACUGUAAAACUGAAAAUCCUAAAAUGCUGCGUCUGCCAGUGCACAGCUUUGGUCUAUAAGCAUACCUCAAACCACAGCAGUAUUGACUUUUCACUACACAGAAAUGACAUCCUUGAAUAUGCAGAGGAGGCGGGACAUAUUGGUGUUCAAUGGUUCAUUAAUGAAAUCAUGCUAGUUAGCUGAUGCUGCAUCCAUCACUAUAAACACCGCGGUGCAGCAUCCAUGAGAGGAAGCAAGCCCAGUAUGUAUGCCAUGAGGGCGGUCUGAAACAAAACACUGUCAAAAGCUACCUUAGUAUUAUUUUGCACAUAUCGCUUGAAUUCAAUGCAUGUUUUUGCUUUUUUAAGAAUGUGAAUUGUUGUUUGGUUUUUAUACUUGUUUUCUUUGUGGCUACCGAACAACUGGUGAAGUAGAAAUGCUGUCUGUCACUAUUACUGUCUCCCAACUGGUUCCUUAAUAAAACAGACAAAGAAAGAUGUGAUGCUUAUCACCUGCAAA